AUGAGGAUGUUUGUCUCGAAACAAGACUCUCCUGGAUCUGGUAGUCUCGCGAUGCCCGUUGCUGGCCACAAGCGCCGGCAAUCAGGCGACCCUCAAGGCCAGGCAGACAGAAAACGAGCCAGAACUGUUGAAAGGCAACAAAACGCCACGUUACCGGCGCUUGCGAACGGAACUCUUACAGCCGAUCUUGCACCUGGUAUAUCCAAGACGACUGCAUCAACUACGGAUAACCCGUCGUCAUAUCUACCGUCACCGCCAGAAGCGAAGAUGGAUGAGUCGGAGUUGCGCGCGAUAGACUCUGCAGUCAAUGGUGCAGAGUCUGAUCGGUUAGAGUCCAUUCGAAAUGUAAUCCAGACGCAAAUCAGUCUUGAGAUUCUUCUCAAGCACAAAGAGCUUCGACUCAUCGACCAGGAGAUGGCAAAAUGUCAGGCCGCUUUGGAGCAGCUUCGGCGAUGCCAUGAAAUUCCGUUUCCCGGAACCCAAGGCCUUUCUAGUGCGGUCAGCAAUGGUACGGGUCCUGCUCUUCGUACUUCAUUCUCGACUCCGCUUCCUCAGUCUCCCGCGCCAUGGGGCGCUCUGGAGGGUCCUUAUACCCGUCAUUACGCAAAGUGGCUACUACAAGAUCCGCGUUUCGAAGGCGGCGAAGUCGAACAGGUGGUGUCUACCCCAGUUGGCAAGUCGCCCAUGAAAUUUAGAUCUCAAACGAGAGGCAGCUUUGCAGAGACCCCACAAACAUCAAGCCAGUCACGUACGCAACGUGGCGGGAAAUUGAAGUCCCUGCCCCCUGGAUAUGGCCAGCCGAAAGAGAAGGCUACCGGUCCAAUGAUCAUCAAGAGGAAAUCGGACGGUGCCACUGUUAAGCUGGUGUGUCCGGAUUGUGGACGGUCGGAUUUCGGGAGUGCCCAAGGCUUCAUCAACCAUUGCCGAAUAGGCCACGGGAGGAGUUUUGCGUCGCAUGAUGCUGCAGCUGAUGCCUGUGGAGAACCGGUGGAAGUGGAUGAAUCAGGGGCAAUGAUUGGCGUUGAACCUGUUCUGACGCCCACCGCGGGCAAUGUCCAUCCCUUGAUUCGUUCAGCGAAGCUUCUGCAACCGACACCGCCCCGAACAGCAUCUCAAACAACAAUCAGAAACACCAAAUCCGAAACCGCCAAGGCAAAGGUGUCACCUGAGUUUAAGGCAUCAACCCUGACACCGAACCUUUCCGACCUUGUCAAAGGUCGAGGUCUAGGAAUUGACCUUCAGGAACUGGUCUCGGAUGCCAAGACGAAAGUCGAACUGCCGGAAUCUGAUUCGGAGGACGACGAUAUGGAUAUUGACGUACCCAUGCAGAACACUCCUCAGGGUCGUCAUCCACAAGUCGCCGGUAGCAAACAGCCGCCAAAGCCCACCAUAACGCCCUUGUCUUCACCGUUAGUGAGCUCGAGCAUGCUGAGGUCUACGGCCAAUCUGCGCGGAGGUGGUGUGCAGCACUUUGCCGGUGCUAUCGGUGCUAUCGGUGCUUCAACCCAACCGCGGCCUCGGGGGAUGACCUUGCCCAUAAGCGACAACUCCCCCACUGACCUUCGACCGUCCGAUCCAUCGCCUACCAGUGAAUCCAACCAAGCGCCAAGUCUUGUGGACGAUGAUGAGGAAUUUGAGCCACAUUCACCGAGCAGCAGCUCGAUCUCUGACGAACACGACAUUGGCGAGAUUGAUUUUGAGGUGCAAGGUGAUGAGGAUGAUGCGCGAAGCGUCCUGCAGGGUCCCGAGUUCCAGCCAACUUGUACGCAAGCCGCUCGACCUUCGCAUGCUCGGAGACCUUCAGCCAUUCGCCGACACGGCGAAGACAGGGAAGAGAAGCAUGUCAGCUUCGUGAGCCCUAGCCCGGCGCGUGACACGCCUCAGCCUCGUGUCAGUGCAGGUGUCAGUGGGGAUUGCAGAAAGAGGAAAGUUUAG